AAGGAUUUUCCUUUACAACCACCGCGGUCACACUGCUCUCGUCCCUGUUUCCAAUCAAAAUUCUCAAUUAAAUUAUAAAACAAAAGAAAACCCAGAGCUUGAGAGAUAUAAUGAGUUUGAGUCCCAACCCACUGCAAAAUAGUCCCCAUGUAGAGCACAACGAUAAAGGCCACAAGAUGGCCAACGGUCACACGAUGUCGCAGGAGCCCAGUCGCAGGAGCAGCCGAUGCCACGAUCAACUCUUUAGCGGAUCACUCAACUCGCUGGCCAGAAAGGAUGACGGCAGCAGCAGUGGCAGCGAUGGAUGUGGAGAUGAUACCAUUGGCUCUGGCACAGGACUUGUCGGUCUGCAGAAUAUUGCCAAUACUUGUUAUAUGAACUCGGCGCUACAGGCUCUGAGCAAUCUGCCUCCCAUGACGCAUUUCUUUAUCAACUGCAGUGAGCUGGUGGAGUACAUAGCGGACCAGAGCGCCCGACGCUGUAAGCCCGCCGGACUGGCCAAGAGCUAUCGCCGCCUAAUGCAGGACAUCUGGCAGGAUAUAGAAGAUCGUAAAGAUUUCAUUGCUCCUCGUGGCAUUCUGUACGGCAUCAGGUCAGUCCAUCCAAUGUUUAGGGGCUAUCAGCAACACGAUACGCAGGAAUUCCUGCGCUGCUUCAUGGACCAACUACAUGAGGAGCUUACCGAGCAGGUCUCUCUGUUACCACAGCCUCAUAGCCAGGCACAGAAACCAAAUGAAACGGAUGAAGAUAAUGAGGAGGAGGCGGCUGGUGCCUCGCAUACUCCUGCGUCCGAGAGCGAAUACGACACGUGCGAGAGCAGCAUGUCAGACCGAUCCGCAGAGGUGCUUCUUAAGACCGAGUACUUUGUGACACCCUGUCGAACACAAAGCUCCAGUAGCGCCUUGCCAGAUGCGCACCAGGUGCACCUGCCACAGGUACAAACACAGCAGCAGCAGCAAAACACAUCUGCGUCAUCAGACCAGAAGCCUGUGGAAUCUGCUCGCUCUAUAAUUAGCGAUGUUUUCGAUGGAAAACUUCUGUCCUCGGUACAGUGCUUGACCUGCGAUCGUGUCUCAACGCGGGAGGAAACAUUCCAGGAUCUGUCCCUACCCAUUCCCAACCGCGACUUUCUCAACGUUUUGCACCAGACGCACAGCCUGAGUGUCCAGAGCCUGAACGCCGCCGAAACGUCAGCCAGAAGCAAUGAGGGGUGGCUAGCGUGGAUGUGGAACGUACUGCGUUCCUGGAUCUAUGGACCUUCGGUAACGCUUUACGAUUGUAUGGCCAGCUUCUUUAGUGCGGAUGAAUUGAAGGGCGAUAAUAUGUAUAGCUGCGAACGUUGCAACAAGCUGCGCACCGGCAUCAAAUAUUCCCGGGUUCUCACAUUACCCGAGGUUUUGUGCAUCCACCUUAAACGCUUUCGCCACGACCUCUCCUACAGUUCCAAGAUUUCGUCCGAUGUCUACUUUCCAUUGGAGGGCUUCGAUAUGCGUCCGUAUAUCCACAAAGAUUGCAAAAGCCAGGUGCCCCUCUACAACCUAUCCUCGGUGAUCUGCCACCAUGGCACCGUGGGUGGUGGCCAUUACACUUGCUAUGCUCGCAAUGUGCUGAAUGGUCGAUGGUACGAGUUCGACGACCAGUUUGUGACGGAAGUAUCCCCCGAAACGGUUGCCACGUGCCAGGCAUAUGUACUUUUCUACCAGAAGCACAAUCCCCAGAUGAAGAUCGUGCGAGAGCAGGCAAUGAGCUUGUCCACUUCGCAUCCGCUCUGCGAGUCAGACAUCCAGUUUUAUGUUACGCGGGAGUGGCUUUCCCGACUUGCGACAUUCGCUGAACCGGGUCCGAUUAAUAACCAGGACAUGCUCUGUCCACAUGGCGGCAUUCUGCAUUCCAAGGCGGCCAUGAUUAGCCAAAUUGCGGUGCCGAUUUCCCAACCGCUGUGGGACUACCUGUACCGCAAUUUCGGCGGUGGACCGGCGGUGAAUAUCAUUUUCGAGUGCGAGAUCUGCAAGCGAGCGGCGGAAACGCUUGCCCGACGCCAGCAGUACGAGCUAAAUGAGUUCACCAAGUACAAUGGACUCCAGAACGAGUUCGAUUCGACGGCCAUUUAUGCCAUUGCGAUGCCCUGGCUGCGAUCCUGGCAGCAGUUUUCGCGCGGAAAGACCCACAAGGAGCCGGGACCGAUCACCAACGAGGGCAUAGCCGCUCCUUCUGAGAAUAGUGCCCUGAACGGGAACGCCACCGUUAGUUGUGUGCGUUUAGGGUCCGAUUACGCCCAACUCAAUGCCAGACUGUGGCGAUUCCUGCAUAGCAUUUACGGCGGUGGCCCGGAAAUAAUGUUGCGGCAAGCCAUUUCGGACGACGACGAUGCCGAGGAGAUCGAGAUCAUUGAUCAGGACGAUGAGUGCGAUGACGAUGAAGACGAUCACGAGGAUGAGGAGGAGAACGAGGAAGAGGACAUUUCUGCCACCGCCUAUCAGCACAAUCAUUCCGAUACCGAGAGCAAUUUCGGUUGCCGCUCAACACCAAGUCCAAGUUUGAGUCGCAGUCCCAGUCCAACGGCCAAGCGUGAGCCCAUGGAGGCGGAGUCGGAACUCCGGCCCGUCAGUCCCAACUCUAAGCGCGGCCGUUCCAAGAUGAAGGUAACCGCCCUGCGCUUGAAUAUGCGUAAGCGGGGCAAGCGGAAUCGCAAUGCCUUCAAGCAGCAUGCCGAGAUGUUCGGAGCCAAAGGAAAUUACAACGCCAACACCAAUGCCGACAUGCCAGCGACAGAUCAUACGGAUAGGGAGAAGGAGAAGGGCAAGGUACGGGAGCGAACUGUUGCAUUUCAGAACGAUUACAGUCUACCCAUUUCAAUAUCAUUCCAAAGCGACAAUUUCCAGGUGAACGGUGUCCACGAAAACAAGGUGCGCGACAAGGGCAAGCGGCGUGGCAACAGUUCCCGUAGUGGCAGUAGCAGUAGCAACAGCAAUAACAACAACAAAGAGAACGUCACGCUGCAAAAGUUUGUGACCCUGCGAGAGGCCAAUGGGCCGAGUGACGAGACUGAUAUUUGAUUGACGGCAUCGGCGGAGCGUAAGGAUUCGCCGUCGGAACUGCAGCCGCUACCGCUACCGUUACCGGAAUCGAAACCACAGCCAUCGACGCCGCCGCCGCCGCCAAAACGCAGGCCAAAAACUAAGUUUAGGCGUAACCGAAAGCGUUAGUAGUUUUUAUUAUACCUCAGUGUUUUGUUGGGGUGGAGGCUAUAAAAAUUAUGUAAAAAUUGUA